GAAAAACCUUAUUACAACCACCCGUUCCUCUUCUCUUCAUGGCUUCAAAAUCCUUCCAUGUUGGCAAUCACAUUAUCAUUCAUUCUCUCCUUAAAACUAACCCCAUUAACUCAAUCCUCUUUCAAUCCAUAUUCCGUUAACAACACACCAUACAAUAUCAAUAUGGAUAUUUGGUCAUGGAUAUCUGAACUCCCCAACUCAGUAGAGUGGAGGAAUUAUGAGUUUGACUCACCACCAAAGUUCGAACUUGCUAGAGAUGGACAUAACGAUUCAACUCGUUCUAUUUAUCUCAAAGCAGAGCGAACUUCUGGGUCAGACUCAGAAGCCUUAGUAACCUUCAUGGUAUUCUUACAAGGCUUCCAUCCAUUCAACACUCAAAAACCUCUUUGGAUUUCCGAGAAAUGCACACUCUCUUCAGAAAACCCUAAUUUCCUCCCACUCCUUCUCCAACUCCUCCAAGAAAUCAUAUCCAACUCACCCACAGCGCACGAUAGCACUUGCCCUAGAUCCCAGCUUCAAAAACUCAAACCAGAGCCCAUUGCAUGGAUCAUAGACUCGCACACACCAGAAUCUCUCUCCAUUUUCUUCAACCUUGUUUUCACCAUUCGUCUCUUUUGGCUAUGUGCUUGCGACGCGCCUAGCGAAGCAGGUUCACUCUAUUUCCACUCGUUACUCGCUCCGGUUCUAGAAACUGCGUUGUCAAAGAAACUAGCUUCGGUGCUAAGAACCUUCUUUAUUACCGUAGGUGUAGACACUGAACUCUGUUUCAUGCGCACCCUUGGGUACAUAAUAGCAAAAUGGUGCAUUAUAAGAGAAUUGGGUGUAGGAUUACAAACACUCGUGCCAUCGAAUCCGAAAUUCUCUUACGCGACGGAGUCUCAUGGUUUUUGGAUUCUGAAAGGCUACGCGCCGGUUAUGACGAUGAAACUGGCGAGAAACUAUGGGCAAAAUGGUAAAUUUCAAGGUAUUGAUGCUAAGGAGUCAAUAAUCAGGUACGGUCUAGCUCACCACCAAUUGGAAGCACACGUGCAGUUGGAAUAUACAGUUGGAUUUUAUGAUGGAUUCAUUCGGGUUAAUACACGUGUUGAUAAUAUGCGUCUCCAUGUGGCGAGGUUAGGUUUUAAACACGGUGAUGAUGUGGAUUUUGUUGACGAGAAACAUUUUCCUUCCCGGGCUCGGGUUUGGGUGGGCCCGGAAAUUGGAGCUAGUUAUGUGGCAGGCUUGAGUUUGGGUCGGUCUACGGAGAAUAAUGAAAGAGAAGUGGAAAUUGAGAAGGUUGUUAAUGGUAAUUUCGAGAAAUCAGAUAUUUCAAAGGUGAAAGCUUCGGCGAAGUCUUCAAGGAGAAUGAGAACAAAGAGUUGGAGAAUGGAUCAAGACGCGGAGGGGAACGCAGCUAUAUUUGAUGUUGUUUUGCAUGAUAAUAUGACGGGCCAAGAAGUGGGCUCGUGGAAGCCCACAGGUGAUGACCCGAUUCAUGGGUUGAGGGGGCGAUAUGUCGGGGCAAAUAGACCGUUUAGUAAGAGCGGGUCGGUUGUAAUAGCAGGGGAUGAAUACGGAGAAGAAGUAGGGUGGAGGUUAAGUAAAGAGAUGGAAGGGAGUGUGUUGAAGUGGAGGAUAGGGGGAGAAUUUUGGGUUAGUUACUUGCCGGACCAAGCAAAAGGGAGUCAUUUUGAAACUAGAUGUAUUGAGUGGUGUGAUGAAGUUGAUUUGCCUCUAAUUCAUGGAAAAUUACCCUGAAUGUGAAUAAUUAUAUGAAACACCUCCUUUCAAAUUAAAUCAACCACAAAAGGAGGGGGAAAGUUUGUGGAUUAUAUUGAAGGAAGCUGUGCGACGAGAAAGGCAAGGUUAAUGUUAUAGUGUAUGAUACUAUGGUUUAGGUCUUAGCUAGUAGUAUGCAAGCCGUUGGUGCUGCAUUAGUGAAAUAAAUGUUUUAUUUAUCAUGUAUAUAACAUAUUAUAAGGACUUUUUCUGUACUGGAUGUAUAAUAUAUACUUACUCAUCUGAUCAAGUGUAAUAUACUUUAUUAGAGUACAUAUAA